UUCGAAACAAAACUCAGUAUUAUUUCUGUGUGGCUCACAGUUAAACAUAGUCUCGCCCACACUGCUCGCUCACCGUCGCCCCACGACUGUCCAGUACUAUCUUCCUCUUCGACGCCAAUACACGCCACCAGGUCACAUCAUGAGCCGCGUAGGAAGAACAAGGCGCACGCGCGUAUAUGACUGCAACUACAAUAAGGGGGAAAGCUACUACCGUCCCGUGCUAGACCGGCUGGACGGCAAGACUCCAGUCAGCCGGGCCGCAGAGCCUGAUCGCGACCGGAUCCGUGCCGAUGUCGAGAGCCGCAUCCGAUCCGCGCUGGACGACUCCGAAGCGCACGACGAGCUCUUCGAUUCGAGAGGAGGACGCGCUCAACGAGGCAGGCCACUGUCCUCCGCCUUCGAGGAAGAUGAGCUAUCUGAGGAUAUCACAGAAUCCUUAAAACGUCUUCGAGCUGGAAAGAAGACCUCUCGGUUUGCAGAAGACAUCGAUUUCGAAAACUCUCUGUCCAACCUCGAGAACCGUGUCAAGAUCUCUGACAAAAUCCUCGAGAGCGUGGGGAUCGGGCAGACAGAGGUGAGCGGGGCUAGACGAGCCCUUCAAGAAAACGAAGAGCGCACAGAAAAACGCAUCGCACGCAGACUUAAUGAAGAGAACGCACUAACCAAGUGGACAGCGCUGAAGAGUGAUGAAGAGAGUGCUGCCGCUCAGAGAGCCAAGGUCACGAGAGCGCGCCUCACUGACUUGGAAGACGAAAUGACGGAACUGAACGAGCGAAGUGCCGCCAGAGAGAAGCGCGCCGCUCGUCUCCGCGCGCUGGUCGCAGACAGCGACGCGCUCGAUUCCUCCACCGCUGUCGCCGCCACCAAAGUCACCAUCCGCGCCGAGAGGGAAAAGAAACAAGUCACCUUCUAAACUCGUGCAAACAAAAUCUUACGAUCCGAGAUAAACUCUGUGCUCUAAAACCCACGUUUUAGAGGAUCGUGCAGUUAUUGCUCUGUGGUAGAUCUGUUUGCUAGGAUGUGUCCUGCAUUUGUGGCGUACGGUGUUCAAGCCGAUUUUAUAUUUUGUUGGAUAGAUAAAGCGCUGUAUAUUGCCCUGUUUUAUUUAGAGGUGUCAUAUGUUUUUAUACGAUUUAGUACAAAUAUAAUUUCUACAUUUGUAGGAAUAUAAUUAUGUUCAUGAUUACGUCUUUGCAUAAGCAUUAUGUGUAUAAUUGGAGAUGUUUUAGGUCGGUAAUGUAUGUAAUGACCUAUGGUAUUAUUUGAAUUAUGUGAACUAAGCCCACUUAUUUAUACGAAUUACUGUACCUAUAUUUUAUUGAAUAAAGUCAACAAAUUGA